AUGGCGCUCAGGAGAAGAACUGCGCUAGCGCAGGGGUGGCCCGUUGAAAUGCGGGCACCUGCUGUAGGAUGUCCGAACGGCUGCAGACCGACACGGAACUGUAAUCCGCAUCAAGCCCUGUCAAGACAUCGCACAAGUCUCGUGGUUGGCUGGCGACCAACUUACGCUGAACUUCAUGGCGAUCUCUUCAAGUUUGAGAAAGGGAAUUCAACAACUAGCACAAACUCCACAAAGCCUGCACCAGGACUCAAGAAGCGUUAUGUGACCAUCAACCCAGGUACUGGAAAUGUGGAUGACCGCCUAUGGCCCAAUGGCAAGAUCCCAUACUGUUUCGAGUCCUCGGCUACGAAAGAACUCUUCUUUGAAGACCUCCUCGAAGCCCGAAAGUUGUGGGAGAAUGCCGGGCUCGGAAGAGGGUUUGAUUGGGUGGAGAAGGACAGCUCCUUCUGCAAAAACAACGCAAACAGACCGAAUUCUCUUUUGAUUGUUGAAAGUGACGGACUCUCAUGUACUACUGGUGUACCACCUCUUAACAAGAUGAGUGGCGACCCGGAAAACAGAGGGCCUCUGAUGAGAUUGACUGCUGAUCUUGACAUUGGGAAACAAAACCUAGUAGCCAACUAUGCUCACCAGAUAGGUCAUGCAUGGGGCCUCUACCAUGAACACCAAAACCCAGCUUGGUGGUCAUCAGAGUAUGCUGCUGCUGGCGGGAACAUAUUCAGCUCCUUGAACUUCAGAUGCGAGAAGCUGGCUAAUUACGCCAGUGUAUCACAGAAACUGACGGCUGAGCAGAUUGAAAAAGCGUGUACGUCAAGAGCAUAUGCAAAGGCUUAUCGCUUCAGCGCGGCAGAGUACUUGCCAUUCAUGGACUCCACUGCGUACAGAGCGAGCAAUACAGCAACUGAACCUGACUGGGAUUCCAUCAUGAUCUACAAUAGUUAA